UUAAAAUAAAAAAACAAAAAAAAACGUGCAGAUAGCGCUGGCUGUAAUUCAUAUAGAGAGAGAGGGGCGGUCAGAGAAGACUGAAGAGAGAUUUUGUUCAAAAAUGGACUCUGCAUUGGCUGUCUCGGCUACGGCAUUGCCUCUCUUCACCUUAUCCAAAGUCAACCGUCAUUUCAUCACUCACAAUGCUCGUUCCUUUCUCCGCCACUCCUCGUCUCAACUCGGCACUCUCCGACUCGGUUCCAUCUGCUCGCACAACAACGACGCCCUUGCUUCUUCUCCUUCUUUGUGCACGGUGGUCCCGCUGCUACGCCGCCGCUUGGAAUGCGUUUCCAGCUCCGCGGCGUCCUUCGGGACCUCGUCCGGCGGUGGAGGGGGCGGCGAGUCUGGAAGCGGCGGCGGAGGUGGUGGAUCGGACGGUGGUGACGCGGAGUCGAACUCGGUUGCGGGAGCGGUGGGCGCGGAGGAGGUGUCGACGCUGUCACCGGAUGUUAUCAUACUUGAUGUUGGAGGAAUGACGUGUGGGGGAUGUGCAGCUAGUGUCAAAAGAAUACUUGAAAGUCAACCGCAAGUAUCUUCUGCUAGUGUCAAUCUCGCUACAGAGACUGCGAUAGUGUGGCCAGUAUCUGAAGCAAAAGGUGUACCCAACUGGCAGAAACAGCUCGGUGAGGCACUUGCAAAGCAUCUGACCAGUUGUGGUUUCAUGUCUAACCUUCGAGAUGCUGGAAGGCAGAAUUUCUUCAAAAUUUUUGAAAAGAAAAUGGAUGAAAAGCGUGAUCGCCUAAAAGAAAGCAGUCAUCAGCUUGCUGUCUCUUGUGCUCUCUGUGCUGUAUGCCUCCUUGGUCAUGUUUCUCAUAUUUUUGCCGCUAAGCCUCCAUGGAUCCAUGUGUUUCAUUCUGUAGGAUUCCAUGUGUCUUUGUCUUUGUUUACAUUGCUUGGUCCUGGGCGUCAACUUAUUCUUGAUGGUGUUAAAAGCCUUUCUAAGGGAGCUCCAAAUAUGAACACUUUAGUAGGUCUUGGGGCGUUAUCCUCGUUUGCUGUUAGCUCAUUAGCUGCAUUAAUACCAAAGCUGGGUUGGAAGGCAUUCUUUGAGGAACCGAUUAUGUUAAUAGCUUUUGUCUUGCUAGGAAGGAAUCUUGAACAGAGAGCUAAAAUUAAAGCAACCAGUGAUAUGACUGGACUUUUAAGUGUUCUACCUACAAUAGCUCGUCUUGUAGUCAAUGGUGAUGCAAAAGACCUGGGCUCAAUUGUUGAAGUUCCUUGCAGCAGCCUCUCUGUUGGAGACAAAAUUGUUGUCCUACCUGGUGAUCGUGUUCCAGCCGAUGGAACAGUCACAGCAGGUAGAAGCACCAUUGAUGAGUCGAGUUUCACAGGGGAGCCAUUGCCAGUAACCAAACUACCUGGGAGUCAAGUAUCAGCUGGAAGUAUAAACCUCAAUGGAACUCUAAAAAUUGAAGUCACAAGACCAGGGGGUGAGACUGCCAUGGGAGAUAUUGUUCGUUUGGUGGAAGAAGCACAGAGCAGGGAAGCUCCAGUACAACGCUUGGCUGACAAGGUGUCUGGGCACUUUACUUAUGGGGUGAUGACAAUUUCAGCAGCUACAUUUAUGUUCUGGAGCAUGUUUGGGACACGCAUUCUACCCGCAACUUUGAACCAAGGAAAUCCAAUUUCUCUAGCUCUACAACUCUCUUGCAGUGUUUUGGUUGUUGCUUGUCCAUGUGCGCUUGGCUUGGCCACACCUACUGCUGUACUGGUUGGAACUUCAUUGGGAGCAACAAGAGGAUUGCUUUUGCGUGGAGGAAAUGUUCUGGAGAAGUUCUCAAUGGUGAAUUCUGUUGUGUUUGACAAAACAGGAACCCUAACAAUUGGCAGACCUGCUGUAACAAAAGUUGUUCCAUUUGGAGGCAUGAAAAUUACAGAUUCACAACUAAAUCCAGAUGCUACAGAUGCUACGUUGUCUGAGGUUGAACUCUUGAAGUUAGCUGCAGGCGUGGAAUCAAAUACUAUUCAUCCGGUUGGAAAAGCUAUAGUAGAAGCUGCACAGGCUGCUGGUUGUCAGAAUGUGAAGGUGACCGAGGGGACAUUCAUGGAGGAACCUGGGUCUGGUGCUGUGGCUACCAUUGAGAAUAAGGUUGUGUCUAUUGGAACACUAGACUGGAUUCAAAGGCAUGGAGUUGAUGAGAAACCAUUUCAAGAAGUGGAAGAUCUUAAGAAUCAGUCUGUUGUCUAUGUUGGAGUGGAUAAUACACUUGCUGGACUUAUCUACUUUGAAGAUCAGAUUAGAGAAGAUGCUCGACAAGUUGUUGAAUCCUUGUCCUGUCAGGGAAUAAACGUGUACAUGUUGUCUGGUGACAAAAAGAGUACUGCCGAGCAUGUUGCUUCACUUGUUGGCAUUCCAAAAGAGAAGGUGCUGUCUGGAGUUAAGCCAGAUGAAAAGAAAAAGUUCAUCAGUGAACUUCAGAAGGAUCAGAGCAUAGUAGCCAUGGUCGGUGAUGGAAUAAAUGAUGCAGCUGCCUUUGCUGAGUCACAUGUUGGAGUUGCCAUGGGAGGUGGUGUUGGAGCUGCCAGUGAGGUAUCCUCUAUCGUGCUGAUGGGUAACAGAUUGUCACAGGUGCUUGAUGCAUUGGAGCUGAGCAGGCUAACCAUGAAAACUGUAAAGCAGAAUCUUUGGUGGGCCUUUGCAUAUAACAUCGUUGGAAUUCCGAUUGCAGCUGGAAUGUUACUGCCAGUAAAUGGGACCAUACUGACGCCGUCAAUUGCAGGAGCCCUCAUGGGUUUGAGUUCUAUUGGAGUGAUGACAAAUUCAUUGCUUCUGAGAUUCAAAUUCUCAUUGAAGCAGAAAAAAGUCUAUGGAGCAUCUCCAAACACCAAGAUUGAUGUGGAUUCUGUUCUUUUGUACCAGAAGGAGAAAACAAAACAGCCUUAUUCUGAUUCUCGAUGGGGAGAGGUGUGAUGGGAGUGCAGAGAUACAAACCUUGGUUAUUCUUUUUCUUUUUAUAUGAACAGUGGUAUUUUGAGUUAGCAGAUUGAAUUGCUGGCGGAAAAAGGAAUGAAAACGUGGGAAAUUGGAAGAGAUUAUGCGGUGUUGUUGGCGACCAAAUGAUGAAAAGAUGCGACAAGUGAAACCUUGGUGGCCAAAAAGUCAAUUAUGUGAAACUUGAAAGAUCAAGCUGACUUUUGGUGACGUAAAAAUGCUUGCAGUGGCACCGAAACUGUUGAGGACUUUCUUAACAAAAUAGAAAACUAGAGAAAUUGAGAGAGAGAAGUAGAGGGAAAGAGAUAGAGAGAACUGCAGUUCUGCAGAAACUCAAAUUCUUAUGACUUGAUUGCCUUUCACGUUUGUGCACAUUUCUUAUUUAUCCAAGCAAUUCUUUUUUCUUUUUUU